UUGGAAUCAGCCUGUCAAGUUCCAUGAAAAAUUCUACUGGAAUUUUGAGUAGCGAUUCAUUGAAUUUAUUUAAGUCUUCCUUAAUAUAUUUCAAUGAAGCUUUAUCAUUUUCUCUACAUUAGUUUUGCAUGUCCUUUGUGAGAUUCAUUUCUAAGUACUUAUUUUUUGUUGUUUUUAAAAAAGUAUCUUAAAAAAAAUCUUUUGCAUUAUGUAUCAGAAGACAUGUAUCAAAAAAUGCACAGAGAACUCAGUGAAUUGGUAAAAAGUGAACAUGUACCCAGGUUUUAAAAAAAAAAUCUGCCUAGAACCCUACAUUCUCUCCCCUCAUUCUUUCAAUCUCCCCCAGGCUGAGCAUAACACCCCAUUUUAAAUGCAACAAAUGACUUAUAUUUCUGAACUUUAUAUAAAUGGAAUAAUACAGCACAUAGCCUUUAUGUCUUGCUUUCUUCUCUUACAUUAUAUUUGUAAGAUUCGUUAAGUGUUAAAACAUAUAUUUGUCUUUUACUCAGUCUCAUUUACUGGUUACUAUUCAACAGUGGCAAUAUGCUACAAUUCACUCAUACUACUGGAAAAAUAAUGGCAUAGUACAUAUAAAAAUAAUGGCCUCUGGGUAAUUGCCAGUUUGGAGCUAUUACGAAAACUGCUGUAAAGAAUAUUCAUGUGGCGGAGGAGACACCACCGCAGUUGCCGCCACCUCCGGGAUUUCUGGCUCUUUUCUCUUCGCCUUAAAUUCGGGUGUCUUUUAUGAGUAAUCAAAAGCAGUAAAGGCAACGCUAUCAGGCCAGCGUUUUAAAACCAGAAAAAGAGAUGCAAAAGAGAGGUUUGACUCUACUCAGUUUUAAGACUGCAUUAUUCAAGGCUUAACUGAAACUGGUACUGAUUUGGAAGCAGUAGCAAAGUUUCUUGAUGCUUCUGGAGCAAAACUUGAUUACUGCCGAUAUGCAGAAACACUCUUUGACAUUCUGGUGGCCGGUGGAAUGCUGGCCCCAGGCGGUACACUGGCAGAUGACAUGAUGCGUACAGAUGUCUGUGUGUUCGCAGCACAAGAAGACCUCGAGACCAUGUAAGCAUUUGCUCAGGUUUUUAACAAGUUAAUCAGGUGCUACAAAUACCUGGAGAAAGGUUUUGAAGAUGAGGUUAAAAAGCUGCUGCUGUUCUUAAAGGGUUUUUCAGAGUCGGAGAGGAACAACCUGGCUAUGUUGACCGGUGUCCUUCUGGCUAAUGGAACACUUAAUGCAUCCAUUCUUAAUAGCCUUUAUAAUGAGAAUUUGGUUAAAGGGGUUUCAGCAGCUUUGGUUGUAAAGCUCUUUAAAUCAUGGAUAAAUGAAAAAGAUAUCAAUGCAGUAGCUCCAAGUCUUUGGAAAGUGAGCAUGGAUAACAGACUGAUGGAACUUUUUCCUGCCAAUAAACAAAGCAUUGAACACUUCACAAAGUAUUUUACCGAGGCAGGCUUGAAAGAGCUUUCAGAGUAUGUUUGGAAUCAGCAAACCACAGGAGCUCGUAAGGAACUCCAGAAAGAACUUCAAGAACAGAUGUCUCGUGGUGAUCCAUUUAAGGAUAAAAUUUUGUAUAUCAAGGAGGAGAUGAAAAAAAACAACAUCCCAGAACCAGUUGUCAUCGGAAUAGUAUGGUCCAGUGUAAUGAGCACCGUGGAAUGGAACAAAAAAGAGGAGCUUGUAGCAGAGCAAGCCAUCAAGCGCUUGAAGCAAUACAGCCCUCUCCUUGCUGCCUUUACAACUCAAGGUCAGUCUGAGCUGACUCCGUUACUGAAGAUUCAGGAGUAUUGCUAUGACGACAUUCGUUUCAUGAAAGCCUUCCAGAAAAUAGUGCUGCUCUUUUAUAAAGCUGAAGUUCUGAGUGAAGAACCCAUUCUGAAAUGGUAUAAAGAUGCACAUGCUGCCAAGGGGAAAAGUGUUAUCCUUGAGCAAAUGAAAAAGUUUGGAGAGUGGCUCAAAAAUGCUGAAGAAGAAUCUGAGUCUGAAGCUGAAGAGGGUGACUGAAUUUGAAACUACACCCUCAGUAAAGCAAACAGGAGUUGUAGAUAAAAUGUCAUGUCUCAUGUGUCCUGGUUCUUACAUCUUCCUACCUCCCUAUAUCAAGCAUGAUAUAAGGGCUUUCAUGGCAAAGUUUAUUUUAACUGUUCCUAUGGUUACUGGAAAUGUUGGAUUUAGUUUCUAAAGCCAUGUUUUAGAACUAGUCUAUCUGGGAGAAUCCUUCUUUGUCUCUUCCAGCUUCUAGUGACCCCUAGUGCUCCCUGGCUUUGGACAGCAUAACUCCAAUCUCUGCUCCUGUCUUCACAUGGCCUCCUCUCCUCUUUUUGUUUGUGGCAACCCUGUGUCAAGCAGCUCUACUGGUGGUGCCAUUUUUCCAACAGCAUUUGCUCACUUCGUGUCUCUAGGUCACGUUUUGACGUUGCCUGUGCCAUUUAUUUUUUCUGUUGAUACAGGCCUUUCAUUCCUCACUGCAAGUGAUGAGCUCUGUAUACUUGAUUGGCUGAACGUUUCUGUUAUUCUGUUUAAACUGGCAAGUUUUUUUUCUU